UUGAAAGUCUCGACUCUGAACCUGAAUGGUAGGCAAAUGUCCUCUGAAGAAAUGGAAGCGAGUCAUCUCAAUCACUUGUUAUUUGUCUAUGGAACUCUUAAACAAGGCGAACCAAACCAAGAUGUAAUAAAAACAGAAAACAAAAUCGAUGGAAAAGAGCAACCUCAAUCUCAAUUCAUAGGCAAAGCUGAGACUAUUGAGAAAUACCCGCUAGUUAUUGCAACCAAGCAUAAUGUUCCGUUUCUCUUGAAUCUACCUGGAACUGGCUAUAACGUUACUGGUGAGAUCUAUGAGAUAAAUGAUAAAAUGCUGGAAAAACUUGACAUUUUUGAAGAAUGUCCAGAAUAUUACAUAAGAAGAAAAGAAUGUGUUCGUCUACUAGACACCCAAAAGACAGCUGAGUGUUGGAUUUAUUUUCUCAAAGGACAUCAUCCUAAUUUGAUCAAGCUAGAAAUGUUCAACAACUAUUGCUCUAACGGUGAACAUGGAUUACCCUACUUGGAAAGCCCAGGAAAUGAGUCAUGCUGGAAUGAUGUACUGGAGACUAGUGCACAGUUGAAUCCAAAUGGUGAUAGUUCUUAAAUUCUUAUACACAAAUAACUAAAUAUUUAUAGCACAUAACAUAAAACACUUUAGCACAUAACAGAAAACACUUUUUCAGUUUUAUAAUACUAAUUUGAACAGGAGAUACGAUACAGAUAGAUGAAAAACACUUAGAAACUUAUAUUAUUUUUAGAAAUUUUCGGUGGCUGAGCCAAUCUUUGUCGACCAUGUAGUGAGUCAUGGUCGACACUUACUAUGUAGACUCACUACACGGCCGACAAAGGUUGGCACAGCCAACGAAAAAUUCCAAAAAUAAUGUAAGUUUCCAAGUGUUUUCCACCUAUCUGUAUCGUGGUUUCCUGUUUAAAUUAGUAUUAUAAAUAUAUAUAGGUGUAUAGGUAAUAUAGUGUAGAAUGUAUAGUAAAAAAUAUUUUGAAGAGAAUAAUUAUAAGUGUAAAUAAUAUUGUCUUUUUUCUUUAGGGCUACUCUUAAAUAUAAAUAAAAUUAGAAAUUCAAGUACCUACCCUUUUAAAAUUGUACAAUCACGACAUAUUUCGGCUAUAUAAUGUCAAUAUUAAAUCUUUAUCAAGAUUGAUCUUGAUUAAGACUUGAUAAUGGCAUUAUAUAGCAUGAUUGAACAAUUAUAGCAUAUUGACAUGUCAUGAUUGAACAAUUUUAAAAGGUUAGAUUUCUAAUUUUAUUUAUAUGUGUAAAUAGUAUAUUUAGGUGUGGCGAAUCAUCUGCUGAUUACCACCCAUGUGAAUCAUGUGAUUAGAAAAACUUAUAUUAGUUUGUUGAUUACUUGUUAUCAAUAUUUCAGUUCAAUAUUUAUUAUCAUUUAGUUAAAAUCAACUUAUUCAUUAGUCUAAUGUAUUUUGUAUUAUAGAAAAUAUGCAACAAAAUCUCUAUAUACAUAUAUUUAUCAAUCACUCAAUCACUCAAUCACUAUACAUAUAUAGAGUACUUUUGCAAUUUUAUCGGGCUAGUGAAAACUUGAGGAAUACAGUAGAUUUAGCUGAGCAUGCGCCUCUUACUCGGAGGGCUGGUCAGGUUAGAGUGCCAACACCCAAUUCUACUUUUUUUAUAAAAUCGUUUCUAUUCUUAGAAGGAAAAUUCUGUAAUAAACUGCCUUCAUCCAUUGUGUAUAGUGGCUCACCACAGCUGUUUAAACGUAAUUUGAAGACUUACCUGUCAAAUCUGAGUGAAGAAGAUGUAGAAAGUAUGUAUAAUAUAAUUGUAUAAUUCUUCUAUUUAGUUUUAGCUUUGGAUUUCUGAUAAGAACUGUUUGAUGGCUCCCAAUAUGAUAAAUUUUGAACAAAUAGCGUGGAAAUAGUUUUAUAGUUCAUGAAUAUUAUUGUUUUGUUGUGAUUGGAUGCCAUUUUUAUAAAUUUUCAUUUAGCUGGUAGUGCAAAACUCAAGUGAAUGUGUCAUCUUUUAUUAUUAUUUCUUUUUAAUUGGUAAUGUACUGUUAUCAAAAGAAUAGAAUAGAAUAGAAUAAAUUUUAUUUCACUUGCUCAAAAUGCAAUACAAUAUGAAUAUAUAGUACAUAGUAUAUAUUUAUGCAUUAUACAAUAUUAUUACAAGCAUUUAAAAAUAAAUAAAUAAAAAGUAUAUAAUACAUAACUAGCAUAUUACCUAUUUGUUUAUAAAUAAUAAACUGUAAAUUUUAAAAUUUGAAUGGAAUUUUGUAUUAUGACCAAAUGAACAUAAAAUAUAUAUUUUUGAAAAUACAAAUAUAUUAUAAUUAUUGACAUUGUAUAACCAAAAAAUAAUGCAUAAUAUGCAUAUUGAUGCAAGUGGAACAAAUACUAGCUUGCAAAGUGAGAGAAAUAUCACUUGAGUGCAAGCAGGAGUCGUUUGGUUCUUCAAACGCACACACACACACAUUCACACAUUAAAAAAAAUUAUAAAUGCCUAAUAGGACUCGAAUUUUGAGAUACAAAAUUAUUCAAAGGGUGUAUAAUCAUGCUCAAUGCAGCACAAUAAACCAUUCCUCAACAUAAUUUGGAUGAGCUUCGAAAAGCCAAGGCUUUAGUUUUGAUUUAAAUUUUUUGAAGGUUCUCAAAUUUUUAAUUUCUGCAGGCAGAAUAUUGUAGAACUUCGGCCCAAGAAAUAGAAAGCACUUCUGAAAAAGAGUACAGCUUGCUUUAGGGCAUCUCACCAAUCCCAGAGUUAUCUGCCGCGUUUGCUGGGAAUGAUUACCCUCAACCAUGGGCUGACCAUAGCUUCCACUCAUCCUGUAGAAUAGAGCUAGGACCUUGAAGACGUACAUAUGUCUGAGAGGCAAUGCAUUUAUCCGUCUGAAGAAAGGGAAUGAAUGGGUUUGUCUGUGAACUCCAAAUAUAACUCGAACUGCUGCUUUUUGUAAUGUAAUUAUUGAUUUGAAGUGAGAAAUGUAAGUUGAAGCCCAGCAUGCUAUCCCAUAAUCCAAUUUGGAGUUAAGGAAAGCAAAGUAUAGUUGACGCGAAAUAUUUGGG